GUCACUCCUGAAAACCGAUUGUUCAAUUUUGUUAAAUUAAAAAAGAUAUCGAAGAGGAAAGAAUUAUAAAAUUAGAUAAAUAUUUAAAAAAAACUAGAUCACAACAUAGUUUUCUACUUUUUUUUAGUUACUUAAUUUUUUUUGUUUAAGUAUUUUAUAUUAAUAAUAAUGUGGAGAAAAAUGUAUUACGUCGCUCUAGUUUUAAUUUUAUACGUGUACAAAAGUUCACAACUAUCGUAUAGCGAAGUCGACAAAAAAUACUACCUCGUAACAGAAGCAUUCAACUUGUCCAAAAUGAUCUUCAACCGGGGCAGAAAUAGCUAUAACGAACUAAAGCAAAAAUCCUUAGACACCAUCGACACAUUUCUAGAUUUGGUGAAGAUUAUGAACGAUAUUAUGGGAAGAGAGUUGCGAGGCGCCAUUGUAAAGUUUUAUAAAAUUAAAUAUUUCCAUGAUUUCACAAAUUACAUGAUAUCAAUGGAGGAGAUAGUAAACAUUACGGAACAUUGUCUAAUAGAGCCAAUGGAAAAGCUAGUAGACCUCAGGGACCAAUUCCAUGACGUCAUCAAGAACUUUGAGGAUGUACGGAACUUUGACUCGGUCAAUAAAUGCAAUGACCAGCUGCCUGAUGAGGUAGCUACAGCUCACUGUAUUCUUCAUCAAGCUGUGUUAUUCAACGAAGUAAUGCAACAGAGCCUAGGUACCAUAGUGACCGUGAAGACAAGACAACACGCACAAGACAUGAACGAGUCGAUUUACAACGUACAAAGAUGUCUGAACAACUUUGUGCCGAAGUUUUUUGACCAACUCCUAGUUGACGUUUACACGGACGACUGCGAAUAUUUAAAGGUGGUGAACGCGUCAAUCACGGACUUGAUGAAAGACAAGGCCAACGUGACUCACUUCCCCAGGAAAUGGAAGCCUUUAACAGAUUUGCUUAAAACAAAACUAAAAUCUCCCAACCAUGUUUUAAACCAGCCUAUCUUUGCAACGAUAUUCUCCGUUGUAAAUAACACAAAAGACGAAGUCACGAGAAGACGUUUACACAAGAACCUGUAGUUUUCGAUAGAAAUAAUGAGACAAAUUUAAAUUAUACAACACCAGGUGGCGCCACUAUAACCAACUGUUGAUAAUGUAAAAUCCUCAGAGCAUAUAAUACUAGAGAGCGGUGUCGCAGUUGUUAGCUCGUUAAGCAUGCAGUUGUCGAUGUGUGCGUGCGUGAUAACAUAGAUGAAUAAGUAAGGGAAGAGUUGUAACGCC